CCAUCUUUGCUGCAGGUGGGCUUCCCCCGCCAGCCGGCCGCCGCGAUGCUGGGCCUGGUCCUCCUCCCGCUGGAGAACCUGCGGCUUCUGGUGAGCGGCCGCCCGCCGCUGGUGGUCUUCAUGCUCAGCCUGAGCGCCGUAGCCAUCGCCUUCCUCACCCUGGGCUACUUCUUCAAGAUCAAGGAGAUCAAGGCCCCCGAAAGGACCGAGGACUGGAACACCUUCUUACUGCGCUUCAAUGACCUGGACUUCUGCGUGUCGGAAAACGAGACCCUGAAGCACCUAGCGAACGAGAGCGGGGCCUUGGAGGGCGGCGUGGGUGGCCCCAUUGGUGCUCUUGGUGUUGGUGUUGGUGUUGGUGGGUCCCGCCCCUCAACCCCUUCCCCACAGGCCCUGGAGGAGUCUGGCCCGGUCAACACCUCGGUGGGCAUCACCCUCACCCUGGACCCCCUGCGGCCCUUCGGGGGCUUCUCCCGAAAUGUCACCCACCUCCACUCCUCCGUCUCCGGGCACCAGGUCGGCCUCUCUGGCAGAGAAGCCCACGAGGAGAUCAACAUCACCUUCGCUUUGCCGGCAGCCUGGAACUCGGACGACUGUGUGCUGCACGGCCGCUGCGACCAGGCUGUUUUUGCCGUCUGCAUGACACUCACGGCGGCUGCGGCCGUCUUCCCUGUCACCGUGCAGCCCGCGCACUGUGCGCCUGAGAGCUACGUGAACGCCUCCUCCUGGUACAAGGUCUUCACCACGGCCAGGGACUCGGAGGCCAAGGAGGCACAGGACUACAACCCCCUCUGGUGCUACAAGGGCGCCGUCGGAAAGCUCUACCACGCCCUCAACCCCAAGCUCACCCUCGUCGUCCCCGAUGACGACCGCUCCUUGAUCAACCUGCACCUGAUGCACACCAGCUACUUCCUCUUUGUGAUGGUCAUCACCAUGUUCUGCUACGCGGUCAUCAAGGGCCGGCCGGUCAAGCUGCGGCAGAGCGGCCCCGACUUCUGCCCCCCCGAAAAGAUGGCCUUCUCCGAUGCCUGAUGGGCCCCCCUCCCUCGGCCAGGGACCGAGGCUGCGAUCGCUUGCUGGCCGGACCAACUGGACCUGAGUUCGUUCGUUCCGGACCCCUUUUCCCCAGCGACAUGAAGGGGGGCUGCGACCAAAGACCUGUCAAGUGCCUGCCUGCCUACGAUGGCGGAGGAAGAGGAGGGGGCGCGGGGCCCGAUCGCUCUGGACACAGGUGCCUUCUGCCCGCCCCUCGGACCCUGGCCCCACGCACUCCCAGGCAGGGGCUGCGGAGCAAGGCCAAGCCGAAACACAGGGCGCUCCUUCCUCUCCCUCCCUCCCUC